AUACAGUACAACUUAACUUUAUUUAUUGAAAGUGAAAGUAGAAGGUAUGGCAGCUGUACACAUCAACAGAAAUGUGAUAGAGACUUUGGCUACCUAUAGCAAUACAGCUGAUCCUUUUUUUGGGGUGUUGCUUGGUCAUGAGUCAGAGGCUGGCUGGCAUGUCACAGGGUGCUGCUGUUUCACAGACUCCAGUCCAAACAACUUUACCAACCAAAAAGAUUCCGUCACACGAUAUCUCUCUGGUGGAUUAUUAGUUUGUGGAAUAUUUUUUGAAAAUCAGUCACUGCAAGCAGAUGAUAUUGUCAAGAAAGUCAGCAAAUAUCCUCUUCAAAACCAGAAUGGUUUGGUGAUCCUAGUCAAACAACCCAAGGACAACAAGGUGACUGAGGACAACAUUUUUGUGUCUCCUGAUCAGAACACUGUGGAGAAACCCAAAGUUAUAGAUAUAACCGAGGACCUCCCAGCUCUCAUCACAGCCAGGCUCAGAUGUCCACUUACCAUUUCAGUAAAAGUAGCUGCAAAAGGUUCCCUGAAAAACAGUCUUUCAAAUGUGAUAGAGAAUUUGUGCAAUACUUUAUCCUCGCCAUCAGCUGUGUACCGAGUACAGGAUACUGAAGUAGUGUUCAAUUCCUCGAGUCUGGUAGGACUGCCCAAUGAAGCAGUGUGCUCAAGGCUUCUCGAUCUCACAACUUCAGAUGAAGAUGAAUUUGUCAGUGGAAAACAGAAACAUUCUAAAUCUUACAAACAGAGAACUUUGCAGUGUGGGGUGCUUCAGAAUAUAUCUAUCGCUGAUGACAGUGGCGAGGGAACUCUGUGUGCCCCCAUCAUACAACACAAUUUAGAAAAAUUCCAGGCAGUGACCUUGACUCUCCCUGUUGAUGUGUGCUGUCAGGUCACCGCGGACACCACGGUAUUGACCUUGGGACAGUAUAUGACAACAGCAAUCUGCAACCAGCUCAGAGCAAUGCAAGAUUGCUUUGUUCAAUAUGUUGAGGGAGAUGUACCUCCAAAAGUACAGGUUUUUCAUUUUCAACCAUGGAAGUCUACAGCAAUUGUAUCUGUGAUCUAUCCAGAGGGAAAGUCAGAAGAGAAACUAGAAAGCAGACGUCGAGAAUUACAUUCUUUGUUUUGUUUGCCGUUAUCAAGGCCAGUGUUUAGAAGAGGAAAUGUUUCCCUGUUCCCAGAGGACAUCAACCAAAAUGGCUAUCUCAUAAACCCUCAUCAGUACAUAAACACACAACCAAUGAAAGAUGGUCAGCAGUACUUAGUUCAAGGUCUGUAUAGCUACCACCACUACAUGCAGGAUCGCUUUGAUGACAACAUGUGGGGCUGUGCCUACAGAUCUCUCCAAACUCUAGUCUCCUGGUUCCGAUUUCAGGGCUACACAGAUAAACCCAUACCCACUCACAGGGAAAUACAACAGGCACUGGUUGAUGUUGGUGAUAAAGAGCCCAAGUUUGUGGGAUUUCGGCAGUGGAUUGGAUCCAUGGAGGUCAGCUACUGUCUGGACCAUCUAAUUGGAGUCACAUCACGCAUUGCUUUUGUCAGUGAAGGGAGUGAACUUGCCACUAAAGGGAGGGAACUUGCCCAGCAUUUCCAAAUUCAGGGAACACCAGUGAUGAUAGGAGGGGGAGUGCUUGCUCACACUAUUCUGGGAGUGGAUUUCAAUGAAGUGACUGGUGACGUCAAAUUCCUUAUAUUAGAUCCUCAUUACACAGGGGCAGAGGAUUUGAAGGUUAUUUUAGAAAAGGGUUGGUGUGGUUGGAAGGGGAUGGAUUUUUGGGACAAGAAAGCCCACUACAAUAUGUGCCUACCCCAGAGGCCCAAAGUCAUCUAGAACCAUAUAGAAAUAUUUCAUCACAAACUAACAAUUGGAGGCGGCUGUCACUACUCGCUAGCUAGCUAGCUAAUUAUUAUUAAAUGUUUGGUAGUUCUAUUAAAAAUUUAAAACAUUGCAGUCUUACAAGGCCUUAAGUUUAUAUAAAAAGAUGCCAGUAGUUAAGAAUGCUUAUAUCUCAAAUGAGAUGUGGACCAUAAUACACUGUAACAUAUUUUGAAGCAACAAAAAAAACUUAUACACUUCCUUUAUUUAUUAUAAUACUUUGAAAGUAUAAUAAAAUAUAAGAUGAU